UUGAGUUCUGUGGUCCGGUCUGAGGAAUGCAAGACAUGACUUUCAGAGGAAACGGCACUCUUAUCACGCACAACAAUGCGACCUACCUUCCGUCUUCUCUGAUGCCUGGGUACUGUGGGCAUGUGCCAAACGCCAAGUUCCUGUACGGGGACACGUUUGGAAAUGCGACCAUCAAGUAUUUCCAGGAUUUCCGGUGUGCAGCCAUGGCCUCCAGCGCUAGUGCAUACAGUAAAGGUGGCAUGUUUCCUUCUAUCUACUCCAAUGCUGAUACGCUGGUCAUUGCGCAGCGCUCCAUGAACAGAGACCGAGCUCUGAACACCCCCUACUGGGCGCGUUACAACGUACACUUCAAUCGCCAACGAGAGAUCGUGCAAUUUGCUGAGCUGGCACAGAAACACAGAGGGAACUACAACGACCAGACAGGCACCCUGCAGCCUGUGCCUUUCUUCUGCUUGCCACUGAGGGACACCAAGCAACACACACAGCAGAAGUGUUUUUGAUGUGGCAAAACAGGGUUGUUCUUUUUCGCUUGCUGCUAUGUUAUUGUAUUUUACCGCUUAAUUUCUCUCAUGAAUUGUACUGAAUGUAAGCAUUCCAGCUAGUAACUUAUG